GCGGCGGCUGCGGCGGCGGCGGCGCCGACGAGGAGGAGUCCCUAGCGCCUCCAUGAGCGCCGCUGGAGACGCUGCUCAUCAUGGCCAUCAUGCAUGACACUGCUGAACCCGGCGAACCGGCUGGCAUCCAGACCCGGAGUGAUCUCCUCGCCGGGCCGGGCCACCCGGCCCUCUCGGGCCGCGCCGCGCGGGUCAAUCCGAUCGAUGACAAACGGCUGGACAGUGGCCUCAUUGAGGGUGAUGGUCUGCUGGUUGGCAUCCUCGUCGCCGGAGACGCCGGCGGUCUGCGGCUUCCGGCGAUUGGUCCCGGUGGCCGACUUGACACCGUAACCGGAGGAAGAGGCCGGCCGGCGGACCGGGCCCGCGCCCAGCGGCUGGAGCAGGAUCUCCAACAGGCUCGGGGGAAUGGGCGAGGUGCCCGGGCGGAAGAGGCCGCCCCCACCGAGGCUCGGUGCCUGGGUCGGGGCCGGUGGCUUCGGCGUGGCCACCGGGGUGCUGCCGCCGGAGGUCGGGGCCGGGGUCGGCUGAGCCGACGGCGAGGGGGAUGGCGACGGCUGCUCGGUCUUGGGAUAGUACCGGGCAAAGGGCCCAUCCACCGGGCGCUGGUACACAUCGUACCAGGCGGAGCCCGGGUACUCGGCGGCCGGCUGGCCACGCCCUGGCUCGGUCCACCGCCAUGCGGCGAAGUAGUCCGACUCCGGCGAGUGCACGCGGUAGCCCCAUUGGGCGGCCACGGCGGCCAGAUCGCAAAUAUUGGCCCGGCUGGCCAGGCCCCCUGCCGCGGCGGCCAGAUAGACACGACGCAAAUCGUCCGCAUAGAGCCCGAUGGCCUCCAGGCCACAGCCCUUGGUCAGCUGCAUGGCCCCGGGGCCGGCGGCCGCCGGGUAGCUGGUGGACUUGAUGCUUUGGGGAUCGGCCGCGGGGGAUGUCUGCGGGGCCGGGGCCACGGCCACCACCUGGCGGCUGUGCACGGCGAACUGCCGAACCAGCAGCUCGAUGGCCACGCUCCGGCGCCGAUGGGCCAGGCGCUCGGCCGACGAAAGGUCCCCGAGCCCCUGGCCGGUGAGGUCGGCGGCCUGAGGCGCAAAGAGCACCACCAGGUCGCGGGUGUUCUUGGCAUCGCCGGUCAGCAGAUCCGCCGACACGGCGGCCGCCUUCAUCAGGCCAUUCAGGUCCAUGCCCAGGGCCGAGUACUUGGGCACGGUGGGCGUGGCGGUGGUCGGGGCGGCGGUCGGGGCGGCGGUCGGGGCCGGGGUGCCGCCCGCCGUCGGAGCCGGGCUGGCGGUGGCCGCCGUCGGGGCCUGGGUCCCGCCGAUUACGAGCGAGGACGACCCGCUGCCGGCCGGUCCGUCGAGGUGGACGUACCACUCCAGCGAAGGGAAGCGAAACAUGGACGCCGCGCGGAACAUGGACGCCGCGGCAUUGGCCACAUGCCCGGCGGCGGCGGCCACAUUGCCGAUGGCCCGGAUGACCUCGACAUCGACGGCGCGGGCGGCCCGCUGGGACCGGGCCGCCUCGACCUCCUCCGCGGCAUAAACCACGGCCGCCUGGCGGAGAUUCUGCUCGAUCUGCGAGCGCACCGAUGAGGCGCAGUGCUCGCGAUCGGCCACGACAAACCACCGAGGAGCGCUCAUGGUGCCGGCGGUUUGCAGGCGCCCCUGCACGCCGGUCGGCAGCUGCAACUGCGAGCACCACCCAUCGGCACUCAAGCCGGCGGGCGUGGUCGGCACAUUGAGCGGGGCCACAUAGGUGAUGUGGCCACUGGCCGGGUAGGGCUGCUCCAGGAGGUCGGCCAAUUCCGGAUCAUCGACCGACAGGCUGACCCGCACGGUGCGGUAGUCGCGGUUUUCCACAUCCCAAUAGCCCAGCAGCAGGUAGGGAACCGGGUAGUCCGGGCGCUCGCGCACCAGGUCCAUGCGAUAGAGGGCCAGCGGGGACCCCAUGGAAGCCGCGGCCACGGCCGUAAUGGCGGCCGUCUGCUUGACGCGCUCCGGGUCCGCCAUGGCCAGAGAGGCGAUGUCGGGCGAUUGGCCGCUGGUGCCUGGCGGUGGCUGGGCCGCCGGGUCGGCCGCCCCGGGCAGGGUGGGCACCCGCUGGGGCCCAACCAUGCCGCCGGGCCCAUGCUCGUCGUCGGAGUCCCGGUCGUCGUCCGAGUCGUCAUCCGAGUCGUCAUCGCGCGAGGUGCGCGACCCGGCCAUCGGCAGGUUGCCGAGGCUCUCGGCGGCCGCACGCAGGAUGCGUUCCAGGUCCGCUCGGCCGCCGCUGGCCAGGCGCACCUCGCGAUCGAUCAGGACAAUGGCCUGGGCCGGGAGGGUGGCCGUGUCGCCGGGGCUCUGGCUGGUGCCCUCGGGCAUGGCGGUGGAGGCAGCCGCGCUGGCCGUCCAGACGGUGUGCGUGCCGCCGGGCGCAAAGACCCGGCCAUCGGGCAAAUGGUAGGGCAUCACCAGGCCGCGAUCUGGCGACCCGGUGCGGGGCAGCCCGGCCGGGCGCGAAGGCCCCGGCACCUCCACUCCCGGGCUGGGUGUCGGGGAGGGCUGCGGCUGCUCGAUCGGCUCGCGGCCACUGCCGGAGCCGGACCCCUCGCCCGGGAUGCUGCCAUGCCCGGAGGAGGCGCCAUCACUGCCGUCAUCCGGGCUCGAGGAGGACUGCGACGGAUCGACAAUGACCACCGGCGGGCGGGGCUUCACCGGGUGCAGCACAUCAUCGGGGUUGACGGGUGGGGGGCCCUGGCUGCCGUCCUUCUGCCAGCGCUCCAAGGCCGCGCGCGAGAUCUUCCUCAGGAGCCGUGUCGAGUCGCGGAGUUGGUUCGGGUCGGUGGGCACCGCUUGGCCAUCCCUGCCGACCCCGGACAGCAGCAUGGCCACCAGGACCACGGCCGUGACCAGGGCCACCAGCAGCCCGCCCAGCAGGGCCAGCGUCUUCCAAUAGUGCUCGCGCGCAUAGUGCAGCAUCGUGGCCGGCGAGGAGAAGGGCGACGGCCCGAGGACCGGCGAGGUCCGCCGAGACCGGACCUUCUUGUCCAGCAUCGGGGACAGGUUGUUGUCCGGAACUAGGGGCACAGUCGGGGCCAUUUGUAUGUAUGUAUGUAUGUAUGUGUG